GCUCAGUUGCGGUGCAGGUCGUCAGUAGCACACGCGUGGCCGGAUACACGGCGCCUUUUCCAGGUGUGCAGGGUGUCUGGAUACGUUAGGAUGUGUUUGUUGGCGGAAUAGUUUGCGCUUAAAUGCAGCUUAACCUUGCUGGUUGCUACUGCCAACAACUCGUACGGGCGCUGGUUACCCUGACCUCGCAGGUAGAUUUGGAUUUGGAAGCUGUUGCCACCAAAGAAACUGAAGCAUCUUAACAGGGAACACACCGGUAGAGGUAGAAACAGUGGAUGGAAGAGAGAGAGAGACGGAAAGUGUGAAGAGGAAGGAGGAUAAGAAGAUACGGGCCGGGACAGAAGUGCCAGAGAAAACAAAGUCAAACCAGAGUCCUAAAUCUAAACCACGUCCCCCUUCCCCCUCCCCACGCAAAGGCCUACACAGCCCGCACACGCAUACAGUCUUCAGCGAUGCCAAGGGGGCCUGAUCAGCCUGCUGCCUGCUCUGACAAGCCCUGCCUCCUCACCUCAGGCCCUUGAGGCUGUGCCCCCGAUUUCUAUUGUUUGACCUCCCCUUUGUCAACCUGGGAACCAGAGGUCAGUUGUUCUCCACGGAACCCCAGGACGCCCUCCUGCCCAACCAGGAGCUGCAGGAACACACGGCACUCACAGGCAUGGCUCCCAUUCGGGAUUCCGUCAGCCACUCUCCUAAUCAAACAGGUCUGGAGCACCCUGGUUUGGAUUCGCAGUAUGAGCCUUCCCCCUGGUCCUCCGGCUCUCCCUGCAGCAGCGACAGCAACAGCAACUGGGGCAAAGUCCUAGUGGACGGAAGCACCGACCAACCCAACAACCCUGCUUCGACCAACUCCUCUGUCUGGCCUCCCUCCUCAUCAUCUUUCUCUUGCUCCUCAUCCUCUUCCUCUUCCGGCUGUGGGUCGGGGUCAGACCCUGAGCUAGCAUCAGAAUGCAUGGAUGCAGACUCUAGCUCCUCCAUCGGCUCAGAGAAAAACCUAGCCACUGUUGCUAUGACAACGGUGAUGAUGAUGUCAGCAAACUCUUCUUCCUCUGUGUCUUCUACGGCUUCCUCGCCCUCUUCUGCCAUGAUGGUCGGCGUUUCUGUGAAUGGAGACAACAAUGGUAACAGUCAUCAGAUUAUUGGUGGAGGAAUAGGAAACGUCACCGGUGCAAAUAAUGGAAAUAACAUCGCCGGGUCCUCCCACUACUCCAUGGCUGGGUCUAGCAGUAUUGGCAGCAAUAACAUGGGUAUCCACAACAGUAAGCUUGUCAAUAGCAGUGGUAUAUGGGACACCCAAUCAGGCAGCAACAUGAUCAUCACAGGUGGAAGCACCCCCUGCACCAACGGAGGGUUAAACCAUGGUGCCUGGCCACAAAAUCAGGCCCCAAGCCCAGUGACCCAGGGUCUGCGGCCUCUGCAGGCUCAAGGGAUGAGUUCCAAACUUGGUAUAGCUCCUCAACAAGGCCCCAUGUUGGGCUGGAGAGACAUGGCAGCUCAAGACAACAGCAGCAUGAUGGAAGAGUCUGAGGUGAAUAAUGGUACAGCAAGCAGUAAAGUGUUAGGAAGCAACAACGGUGGAAAUGGUGGCCUGCAGUCUAUCAAUCUUAACACUGAAUCCAAUGGACCAAAUAACACUAUUAUGAUGAAUACUACUACUUCUACUACUACUAACGCCACAAUGACCUCUAGUCCACCAAACUCUACCGCCUCACCCCAAGUCAGUGGGGAUAGUUCCUGGGCCUCCAUUGGAGCAGGGAAUGGGGGUUUGAUGGCCAAUGGACACCCCUUAUCAGCCCCCCAGCACCCCCAAGUAGACCUGGGUGGUUCUGGAUCCUUCGGUACGCCUUGGGGCGCUACUACCUACCCUGGGGACAAGGGCCCCUCAAAUGCAGACACUGUGAACCCCCAAAACGCUGCCCUAAUGCAGGCUGGGAAUCUCAAAAUCUCCUCUGCUGCUGCUUUUAAAAGUAAUAAUAACCACAAUAACACUGGGGCCCCACGCUGGGACCAGGGGCCUGCCAAUAACCCAAACCAACCUCAGAACAACUUGUCCUGGGGCAUUGGCUCGAAUCAGAUCCCUGGCUCCGUAGGCCAAACACCAGGAAAUGCAAACCAAACUACAAUAGGUCCUCCUGGAGGGAUAACCCGCCCCUGGGGAAGCAGCGCAUCAUCUUCCUCAUCAUCAUCAACCUCUUCCACGUCAAACAACAAGAUAUCAAAUGGAGAGUGGGGAUCAGCCGCUCCUACUAACAACACUUCAGAUGGUGGAAUUCUAAAAGGAAGCUCUGCCAACAAUGGUUGGAAGAGCCUGGAGGAUGACGCCAUCGGCAUGGGAGUGGGAGGCGGUGGAAGCCAUGCCUUAGGAGGCGUUGCUGGAGGCUGGGGACGCUCAGGAGGAAGUGAGGGAAGUGGAGAGAGCUCAGGAGGCCGAUCCAGCUCAGACAGAGACAGCAGCCAGUCAAAAGGAGGAAACCGGAAAAAGGUCACCCAGACUGCAUCAGCAGUAUCAGCACUGGCUCGGGCUGAUGUGGACCCAAGAGUUCUUUCCAACACUGGAUGGGGUCAAACUCCCAUAAGGCAAAAUACUGCCUGGGACGUUAAUUCUCCUGCUAACAAUCAACACCAGGGUCCCAGAGGAGAUGAAAGAAAACAUGGCAGUGGUGCUUCAAACUGGGGAGCAGCAGCACCGGCAGCUUCCUCCCAAACCUCUGGAGGUUGGGGGGGUGGGCCUGGUACCUCAGGGUCUGAUAUGGGAGGUUCUGGCUGGGGGGAGCAGAGACCAACCUCUGGCUGGGACAGCAAAACCCCAACGAGUGGUGGCGGGCAGAGUGGCUGGGAUGAUGGAUCUAGCUACAAAGGAAGCAACAGUAACACCUGGAGCAACAACAUUAACAAAGAUGACAGGUCUAAUACCUGGACUAAUGUGGCCAAACCACAGCAGAACUGGGCUUCCAGUGGUGGAAAUGGAUGUGAAGGAUGGGGUAGCAGUGGAGAUGGAUCAAGAGGUGGUGCCAACAAUCACUGGGGAGAGACCCAUAAAGGUUCAAAUUCUGUUGGCUGGGAUAGCGACAGUGAUCGAUCUGGCUCUGGGUGUUGGAGCGAUCCAAACCGAACCACUACCACCACCACCACCAGCAGCAGCAGCAACAACACUUGGGUAGGAAGUGGAGGGUCAAAUACUCCAGACCAGAGCACUUCAAACCCAGGCUCCAACUGGGGAGACUCUGUCCACAAGCCCAAUCCUCAGAGCAGCACCCAGUCCUGGGGCGAGCCAAUAAAGAACAACCAUGGAGCCCAGAACUGGGGCGAGCCUAACCCCAAGACCUCCAAUGAGUGGGGAAAGGGUCCUGAAUCCAGUAUGGCCAGAAGCAAUCAAUCUUCUGCCAAGUCCACAGGUUGGCAAGGAGGCCCUAUACCCACGAUAGGUCACAAAGAGGAAAUGUCAACAGGGUGGGAAGAGCCUUCCCCAGAGUCCAUACGGCGGAGGAUGGAGAUCGAUGAUGGAACUGCAGCUUGGGGAGACCCUGGUAAAUACAGUGGUGGGUCUGUCAACUUGUGGAACAAGACUAGUCAAUCAGACCAAGAGAACACAGGGCCGUCCUCUCAGCACCAGUCUCACCCUGCACACACCUCGAAACACCCAUCUCAGCCAUUGCAGCCUCCUGCUGCGGAGAAAAGCUGCACUUCAGGUUGGGGAGAGCCGUACCCCAAGCAGAAGGAGUCAUCAACGUGGGGCGAGCCUACUGCUGCUCCACCCACCACUGUGGAUAAUGGGACAUCUGCCUGGGGAAAGCCCAUGGACUCUACCUGGGAUGAACCCAACAGAGAUUCUGGGUCUGGAUGGGGCAACCAGCAUAAAUCUCGCUCCAAGUCCAUGGAUACGUGGUGUAGCGAUGAGGUGAGCAACAGCUGGGACCAGGAAGCUGAGGUGGAGAUUGGGAUGUGGAGCAACAGCCAACAGGAGAACAGGUCCAACGACCAAAAUACCUGGAACUACAAGCAUAAAGGCUCAAACAAGAUAAACAAACCAGUCAACAAACAGGAUGAACCCUGGAUGAAACCUUUUGUCAACCAGUUCAGCAGUAUGAACUUCUCUAGAGACUCACCUGACGACUCCAUGAAGACAGGAUCAGGGAUGGUGCAGGACAAGCGUAUGGAUAUGGGCGGCAUGGGAGAUUUUAACAGCGUGAUGGGAAAGAACCCUGUGUCUCGGCACCAGCUCCACAAGGACUCUGCCAUGGAUCGCAGCCCUUACUAUGACAAGCUGUCUGUUUCUCCCUCUGCUUACGGUAAUCCGGCUCCUGAUGAGCUCUCCUCCAAUCAAAGCAUGGGCUUUCCCCCUUCCAAUUCUACUCAGCCUAUCCCCUGUCUCGACUCUGGGCCAACCCCUGCCCGUUCUAGUCCUGGGACUGCUCGGCAGAAUGUAAACCCUAUGGUGGGUGGCAGCAGUACAGCACAGGGCCGAGGUGGCCCCCAGUCCCAGGCCCCCCAUCAACCCAGCCUUCGUAAUCAAGUGCCUCCACCCAUCCUGCCCUCUCAGGUCCCUCCAUCCCUGUUGAAGUACCCAGGAAGUAACAGUGGUUUGAACCCUCUGUUUGGCCCACAGCAGGUGGCCAUGCUCAACCAACUCUCCCAGCUGUCACAGCUAAACCAGAUCAACCAGUUGCAGCGUCUACUUCUCCAGCAGCAGCAGCAGCAGCAACAACAACAGCAGCAACAGCAGAAGGCUCAGAACCAGAGAGGCAUGCCCCUGGGACGGCAAACUGAACAGACGCGCCCUAUUGGUUCUUCUCCAUCAAUGAUGCAGCCCCAACGGCACCUAGAUCCCUCUCUGCUAAAGCAGCCUUUACCCCUCAAGCCGUACCUGGAUAGCUACUUGUCUCACAACACCUCUGAGAUGCAGAAAGAUGCUCUCGGACCCUUCAGCAACUUCCCUUUAAGCUUGAACUCUAACCUGAAUGUACCCUUGGACAUGGGUGUUAGUGGUGGAGCUAUGAGCUACAAAGAGCUGCCCCAGUCCAGACUGAAGAAACUUUGGGCUACUGAGCCUCUGGAGCAGAACAGUAAACCUGGUGCUAUGUCGUCUGUGCUGCGUCCAGAGGACUCUCCCUUCUAUGACUUCCUGUCUCCUGGCCCGUCUCCCCUGAGUCCUCCUGGCCAAUCAGUGGGCUCUGUGGGCGAUGGCUGGCCACCCCGUGCCAACUCCCCCCCAUCCCAUGGAAACACUGUCACCUGGCCCCCAGAGUUCCGACCCGGGGAGCCUUGGAAAGGUUACCCCAACAUUGACCCUGAGACUGACCCCUAUGUGACCCCCGGCAGUGUCAUCAACAACCUCUCCAUUAACACCGUCCGUGACACAGACCACCUCAGGGACAGGAACAACGGGCCAUCCUCAUCACUGAACACCACGAUGCCUUCUAAUAGUGCCUGGUCAUCCAUUCGUGCCUCCAGCCACAGCGGUUCCCUCACCAGUACAGCACAAAGCACUUCAGCCAGACCCAGUGAGUCAAAGUGGUCUCCCGGUGGCAGUUCUGUGUCCAACUCCUCCCUAGCCCAUGAGCUGUGGAAGGUCCCCUUGUCAACCAAGGCGUUGUCUGGGGCAGCCCCCUCCAGGCCACCACCUGGCCUCACCAGCCAGAAGCCCAGCCCUGCCUCCACCGGCUGGGAUGGCUCUGCUCUGAGGUGGGGAGGGUGGAGCUCCUCUGAGUCCAGAUACACACCUGGUUCCAGUUGGGGUGACAGCAGCAGCUCAGGGAGAUCCCAAUGGCUUGUUCUAAAGAAUCUCACGCCUCAGAUUGACGGCUCUACCCUGAAGACCCUGUGCAUGCAGCACGGCCCUCUGAUCACAUUCCACCUCAACCUGCCACAUGGCAACGCUGUUGUAUGCUACAGCUCCAAGGAUGAGGCCACUAAGGCCCAGAAGAGCCUGCACAUGUGUGUUUUAGGGAACACUACUAUUCUGGCUGAGUUUGCCAGCGAGGAGGAAAUCAACCGUUUCUUUGCACAAGGGCAGUCUCUGGCCACUCCCUCCUCUGGCUGGCAGGCCAUCGGCUCUUCUCAGAGCAGAAUGGAUCAGUCUCACUCGUUUCCCGGCCGCGCUUCUGAACCCAACCAGUGGAACAGCAGUGACCUCCACAGCUCCUCCCUGUGGGGCAGACCCAACUAUUCCAGUAGCCUAUGGGGGAGCUCCAGUGGCAACGAGGCCGGGAGGAUCAGCAGCCCUUCUCCAAUCAGCUCCUUCCUCCCAGUGGAUCACCUGACGGGGGGCGGAGACUCCAUGUGAAACGCCUGCCAAUCAAACAGGUUGGAGGAGGAAGGGUCAGUAGAGAAUUAUCAAUAAUCAGCAAAAGAAAAAAGAAAAAAAAAGUAGUUAUAAACGCAAUGGCACUAGUUGGACUCUUUCUCACUUACAAGAUAUUCAAAAAAAUGGGGUCUCCUCUGUGGAAGACAAGUUACGUUUCUCUCUCUGCACAUAUGUCCACUUUGUUUUAGCCCAAAAACAUAUCAGUCGGAAUACUUGAAUCAUGCAGGCCAAUUCUAUAAUGUGAACGGAUGGAUAUUUGCUUCCAGGUAGUGCUCUUUCAGACCGAAAAAAGCUUCAAUCGAGCUCAUUAUUAUAUUAUUAUUAUAUAUUUUUGUUUCAGUUGUCAUGUUUAUUUUGAAUUCCAAUUCUUUUUAUUUUUAACUUUUUUUUUGCGUUUGUUUGCUGACAAUGUUGGAGUAAGAGCUUUUUUAACUUUGCACUGAAUGUGUUUUUUUUUCUCAGUAUAUAUGUAUGUACGUGUGUGUGCGCGCGUGUGUGUGUGUGUAUAUAUAUAAAUAUAUAUAUAUAUAUGUGUAUAUAUAUAUACAUACACAUGUAUAUACAUACAUACAUCCAUAUAAUAUAAAAUCUGCAAUAUAGAGGGAGCAGCCAGUUUUUCCAGUGUAGCUGUUUACUCAUUGAGGUCCUUACCGUAUGUGUGAAUGCUCAUGAGUGUGGAAGUGCGACUGAGUACGUGUGCGCUCCUCUCUGCCUUGGCACGCCUACCUUACUGCGCUGUCGUGGAGUUCAAGAUCAACAGAUAGUUGAAGAAGAAUUAAAGCUGACUUAGGAGGAUUAUCUGGUGAUAGUAAAAGUGACAUUAAAAAGUAUUGCACCAAUUUUGUUUUAAAACUAAAGAACGUUGAGCUCUGCAGUGCAAAGAACUGUAGCCGCAGCUGGGACUAGCAAGCCCCGCGAACCCGAAUAUAUGGGGCGGGUCUAUCUAGAAAGCCCCUCCACUCGCCCCCUGAACGGGGCAGCGUGGGGGGAACAGCACUUUCAAAAUAGGCUUUCAAUGUUUUGGAGGUGCCACACUGCAACCUCUUGUUUACAAGACUUGGGAGGCGAAACGUGUGUUCAUUCUUCAUUUUAUUAAGGAGAAGAUGGAAUAAAACAGAAAAUGAAAUAAAAAAAAAAAAAUUAAACUUAAAAAAAAAAAAACCUAAAAUAUAGAAAAAUGUGAAAAAAAUGAAACUCUUAUUGAGGAUGAAGACGAUGCUUUGUAACUCUGGGAAUUCGGAUCAGUGUUUUGGCCAUGGCAUUGGUUAUUUGAACUAUUCCUCUUUUGUCUGCUAAAUAACCAGCAAUGGUUCUCAGGAAAUCAAGCCAGUUUUCCCCCGUUGUAGUUGAAUAAAAAAAACUUCUACUCCUUGUAGGAAAGGAAAAUCCAACUUCUAGCACUGAAAAGUAUGUAUAGGUCUGUACGUUUUUUGUUUUUCUCUGCCAAAUAACUGCUUUAAGCUGGAGAAGCUCAACACACUGCUUUCAAUAUGCUGUCUUUUGCGGGGGGGUGGAGGACGGGCUGUAGAAAUCCCAACGCUCCCUCUCUCCUCCUCUUCCUCCACUCCUCCACUCCACUGAUGUAAAAAAAAAAAAAAAAAAAUCAAAAGUAGGGAGUGUUUAUUGUGCGUCUGUGUGUGUGUGUGUGUGUGUGUGUGUGUGUGUGUGUGUGUGUGUGUGUGUGUGUGGAUAAUGUUGUCUCGUCAGACUUACAAACCAAGAGAAAGGCGAACCUGUAUCUAUGCAUACUGUAGCCUCUCACAUGGCCUACUGAGAGGCGUGUUUUCUUUUUUCCCGUUUCGCGAAAUGUUUUAAAGUACAAGAAAUGCGAAAUAUGACCUGCUUUUUCUCUGUUUUUUAAUCGCUGUCAUUGCCACACGUGGUGUUUUGAUAAAAGGAAAGACGAAAAACUCGUUUUGGUUGAAGAUAAUAUUUUAACAGUGCAAAAGUCGUCCACAUUUCAUUGCCUUGAUCCUAAUUGUGUCCGAAGAUGCAACAAGUCAAGUGGCUUCUACCUGUUUACAAAUAGAAUAUGAUUGUAUUGUACUGUUGUUUCCUUUGGGGGGAGGGGGGUUUGGUCAUCUGAUGUUCUAGACCCGAUGGAGUGAGUGUGUGUUGCUGUUGUGUUUUCUGGCGCUGAGAGGGGAAGUGUGUGUGUGUGUGUGUGUGUGUGUGUGUGUGUGUGUGUGUGUGUGUGUGUGUGUGUGUGUGUGUGUGUGUGUGUGUGUGUGUGUGUGUGUGUGUGUGUGUGUGUGUGUGUGUGUGUGUGUGUGUGUGUGUGUGUGUGUGUGUGUGUGUGUGUGUGUGUGUGUGUGUGUGUGUGUGUGUGUGUGUGUGUGUGAGAGAGAGAGAGAGAGAGAACAGCUGAAUGUAAAUCUACCAGUGGUGUUUGUCAAACCUUCACAUGCAAAUAACAGAUUUACCCGUCUACCAGUGAUUGUUUAGUUACCAGGAUGCACAAUUUGUUGUGGACAGAAAGCUUCAGAGUGCACGAACGACAAGUCAGCAUUAGCAAAGCCAUGGACCUUAAUUUUUUUUUCUCAUUGUAUUAUUUUGUGUUGAGCCUGUUGUGUGUGACGUUUCCCCUCUUAUAAAGGUUUUUAUUUCAGAUGUAUUAGAAAUGGUGGCUUUAGUUGUUUUUAAGUUUAGCCGUGGCUAUUUAACAACUGCUGAGCUUAUGUAGUGAGACAGAACCUUAAGUAUUAGCCAGACUUGAGUGGUGUGUGCCAGUAUUGAACUGCUCUCUACCAAAUAAUUAAACCAUACAGAAGAUUAGUUUACUUAAUUCCAGAUCUCUUUGCUUAAACCAUAUGACAUAUAUCUUAUUUGUAUUUGUUUGUCUUGUUUAACAAAUGUUAUCGAGUGGAACAUCUGAACCGUGUUUGUCAUUUUGCUUCGGACUUAAUUUAAUUUGUCACAUUGAACUGAGGAGCCUUGGAUUUUGCACUUGUGUGUAGUCAGAGCAGAGCAGAGCCGAGCGGCCGGACAGACGUGUGGUCCGACCUGUCAGAGGCAGAAGGUGCAUCUGAGUGUUAUGACAGGGCUGUGAAGAUGGUGCUUUCGUGGUUCCUGUGAGGGAGCAGAGGAGGCAGCAGGGAUGUGGUCCUGCUCCUCCAGGUUUACGUCUCCCUGGUCAGUGGGCAGUCCGGUCAGAGCCAGAAUGGAGCUGAAAACGGUUUUAAAUACAAGUAUAGACAGCAGCGUGAGAUUCGUGUGAUCUGCCUUCUGUCGCACUCGAACAUUGCAAAAUUUAUAUAAAUGCACCUUUUUUCUUUUAGAACUAAGUAUUCAGCUACUGCUCCGACCAUCUGGUUGUCAUGACGAUCGUUAGUGGCUGAUCCAUUGAGAUGCUCGUAGGUUGAGCUUGACUGAAAUGGGUUGGGGCUUCUCGUUGGAUUGGAUUUUUUUUCCUGGCUCUUCAGGGACACGGGGUUGCACUUGCCUCUUUAGUGGCUUAUCCAGGAUCAGCUCUCUUCCUUCAAUUACAAAGCAUAACUACAGGAGAUAAUGCAAAACUGACAAGAGGUCUAGGGCAAGUGCACUCUAAAUGCUCUAUAUUCCCUUUCCACUCUUGGUGAAAUUAUUUUACACUUCAUUCAUUCUGAGUUUGGCACUGCUGCCAUCCUCAAGCUGAUCUGUGAGCAGUUUUCUCCCUUAUUAUCCUUACUUUACAUUAGUGGGACAAAAACUGGCCCCUGAUCAGCAGCUGUGGCAGCAGCUCUGCUUUUAGAGAAGGGACAAGCAAUGUCUGUAAAAUGUCUGCCUUGCGUUUUGUUGUUACUGUUUUCGGUUCCGGGCUUAAUCUUGCUCUUUUUGUCCGAUCUGCUGUUAGUCGUGUGUUGCAGGAAGAUUUAAAAAUCCAGUGUGUGUGUGUGUGUGUGUGUGUGUGUGUGUGUGUGUGUGUGUGUUAGAAGACAAUAUGCCAAACUGAAUAGGGAGGACGGGUGUGUGGGAAGGAAAGGGAUAGUUUUUUUUUCAGCUGUAUGUGUAUUUAAAAAGCUGGACAAUAUUAAAUGCUUGAAGAAAGAAUGUCAUUUGCAAAAGGAUGAUGUGAGGAAUUUUUUUUCUUUUCAGUGAGUGAAAACCACCAUGAGCAAUGUACAAUCCCCAGCUGCCAAGCAGCUUCCCGACAGGGCCAGAUAGAGGGGAAAAUUAGAGUCUGAGAGGAGGGAAGCUGGCUGGUGAUACUCAACUACUUUUUUAAUAUUUAAGACAAAUAAUGUGACUUCGUUUUUCUCUUGACUUAACUAUCCUGUGAGCAAAUGCUAUAUCAUAACACACACCCAAUGGCUCCUAUUGUCGAUCAAAAAGCGCAAAGGCUAUUUUUUUGACACAAGAAAUAGAAAAACUUAAAAAAAAAAAAAAAAACAACUGAAAAAUGUUACAAAAACUGUGAUAAUCUGCUGUCUUCUUUUGUCAUUUUACAUAUAGUAAGAAUAAACACAAACAAACCCUGAAAAGCUUUAGGCUAACCAGCACAAAGACGUGGGGGGGGGGGUAUGUGGGUGGGUGGGGUGGUACAGUACAGGGGAGGGGGGUGGGGGUUGUGUCGCUCAGAGAGACUAUGCAGUGGAGUGUUGAACCCAGGCUUCCAUGUCCACCUUGGGUUUUUUGUUUUUGUUUUUUUUGGUUUUUGCUUUCUUUAAAAAAAAAUUAAAUCCCAAAAAACUUAAACACACAGUUAAAAUGGGAUUCCCAAUAAUAUUUCUCAAACAUGUUGUGCCAUUGUUGAAUCGUACUACUAUUAAUAAUAAAACUGAAAAACCUUUUAUUACCUAGCAACUGUUGGGCCACUUGUAGCAGGAGAGGACAGGUUAAGAUUUGCAAAGUCCAUGUUUAUUUUCACAGCUUGUCUCCUCGAGCUAGUCGAGGGGAGCGAGGCUGGUGAAACUGCAAAUUUUACACGACUACAAUGUUUUUAUAGAGAUUCUAUCAAUUAACAGUGUGUAGUUGGAUCACCUGUAAACCUAUUAUGCACAUUGCUUUGGGAGACUGUUGAAACUAUAUAUAAAAUAUAUAUAUAUAUAUAUAUAUGAGAAUAUAAACGUUCAGUGUCUGUAAUCAACAAGAGGAGGUCUUCUUCUCAUACACGCAAAACAGGAAGUAUCUUUAUUUUCAAACGUCUUCCUCGGGUCAUCAAAGGAUUUUAUCUAAAUCUUGACGGAAACUGCACUUUUUGAAGGACAAUCUUUAUUUGUAUGGGUAUAAAAAUUGACAAAAAUACGAAGUCGCCUGCUAUUACAAGGUAUAGAAAACCAACUCCAGUGUGCUCUAAUGAAUGUCUCCUCUGAUGCUGUCUGUUUGGUUUCAUUUAAUCUUGAGUUCUCCUUCCUUUGUUGCUUGGUUUGUUCUGCUUUUCCCCCCCUUUUUUUGGAUUCUAGUGCUCUUAAAAGAAUCUGUACUAAGGUGUAGAGUUGUAGGUAGUAGGUCUUCUGUUGGCUGUACUCGUAACCUGAUUACUGUUUGUAACCCUCUGGCUCCUGCAGCCAGCAUACGAAGCUGUAUAACAUGGGUACAACCCUCAAUAAAAGACUAACAAUGA